UUUCCAAAAGUUCUGAACCUUUCCACAGCGCCAGCAGAGAUGGGGACUGCUUAGACGCCGAGCCUUCUUGGGAACAUUUCAGAGACUGACGUGCUGUGAGUUGUUUGUUUUGACGGAGGUGCGUUUGAAAAGAAGACAUGCAGGCUCGGUACUCCGUGUCCAGCCCGAACUCUCUGGGUGUCGUACCGUACAUCAGCGGCGACCCGAGCUACUACCGGGCCGCGGCUGGCGGAGGAUACACUGGAAUGGCCGCUCCGAUGAACAUGUAUUCCCAUCACGACCAGUACCCAGCCAGCAUGGCCCGGGCUUACGGACCUUACACCCCGCAGCCUCAGCCCAAAGACAUGGUGAAGCCUCCGUACAGCUACAUCGCCCUCAUCACCAUGGCGAUCCAGAACUCGCCGGACAAGAAGGUGACCCUGAACGGGAUCUAUCAGUUCAUCAUGGAGCGGUUCCCCUUCUACCGGGACAACAAGCAGGGCUGGCAAAACAGCAUCCGACACAACUUGUCCCUCAACGAGUGCUUCGUCAAGGUCCCGCGCGACGACAAGAAACCCGGCAAAGGCAGCUACUGGACCUUGGACCCGGACUCGUACAACAUGUUCGAAAACGGCAGCUUCCUGCGGAGAAGACGGAGGUUCAAGAAGAAGGACGUGCUGAAAGAGAAAGAGGAGCGUCUGCAGAAGGAGAUACCGAGACAGCCGGCUCGGGACCAGGAGGUCCAGGGCUCCCAGCCGGUGCGGAUCCAGGAUAUUAAGACGGAGAACGGGACGAUGACGCCGCCGCAGGCCGACUCUCCUUCGCUGGUGCCAAAAAUCGAGAGUCCAGACAGCAGCAGUAUGUCCAGCGGGAGUCCGAACAGUAUCCCGUCGAGCAGGUCCAUUAACCUGGACAGCAACGAGCAGCACCAGCACCAGCACCACUCCUCGCAGGGCUUCAGCGUGGACAACAUCAUGACCUCUCUGCGUGGAUCCCCGCAAGGAGGCACCGAGCUUCCCCCGAACCUCAUCCCGUCCACCAGGUCUUUAUCCUUGAACUAUUCUCCAAGUCAGAACUCGGUGUACAGUUCCCCCUGCACCCAGAACUCCACUACCUCCACCUACCAUUGCAACAUGCAGGCCAUGAGCUUGUACGCCGGGGACCGACCGAACCACCUGGCACCGACCACCACGGUGGACGAAACGUUGCCAGAUUAUUCCGUCACCACCACCUCGUCCUCAUUGACCCACGCCAAUCUGAACCAGGAGAGUCACCAUCCACACCAAGGGAGGCUGACCUCGUGGUACCUGAACCAGGCGGGAGAUCUGGGCCAUCUUGGAGCGGCGUACCCCGCACAGCAGCAAAACUUCCACUCGGUUCGGGAGAUGUUCGAGUCCCAGAGAAUUGGCUUGAAUAACUCGCCGGGCAAUGGAAAUAAUAGCUGUCAAAUGUCCUUUCCAGCGGGUCAGUCCAUCUAUCGCACUUCUGGAGCUUUCGUUUACGACUGUAGCAAGUUCUGACCCCAACCGAACUCUCCUCUUUACUCUUCUUAGUACAACAUUUAUCACCAGACAGACUCACAAACUGACUUUCUAAACAGCAGUGUUACCACAAAUGACACGUAAGUCUCUUUUUUAUAUUGGUUUCUUCUUGUGUUAAAGGUCUGUCGCUUUUUCUGUCCUGAACUUUUUGCAUAUAGUAAUUUAUUUCUAAAACUGUAGCCGGAUAUUAUGGACCAAACACCGACAAACAAGUGUUUCUAAAUUUUAAUUAUCAAAUUAAGAAAAGAAACGUUCCAUUAUAAAAGUGACUGACGGAACGUGUGUAUCACAUUUGAACCAUUCAUUUGUUGGAAAGUAUUUUUGAAGGAUUUUGUUUGUUUGUUUAAUAAAUUGACCUUUUUAUGUGACUUAAAUUUACGCCUGGUUUCUUGCAAGCGGUUACUUCAAUAAUUACCAUUUAAUUGACUUUCAAGAACAAUUUGUUCGCAUGAAAACCGGAAAAAUAAAUCAAUAUGAUAAAAAAAAAAAAAAAAAAGAAACAGUUUAUAUUUGUUAAGGCUUCUGAAAUAAAACAAGAAAAGAAUAUAUAGAAAUAGACAUAGAAAAAAAUAGACAGAAAAUGUACGGUAACAUCCGUGUCAAAUAUAUUAGGUUCGAUUAGAUUGCCUUUGUUUCUCCACUAUUAUUCAAU